UUUUACAAUAAAAGGAUAAAACAAAUGAAUUAAUGCUUUGAUUACCAUAUGUCACUUAGUUGUCUGCUAUUUUAAUUGGCUCAGACGAACAUAUGUUUUUUUUUUAAUUAUCAUAAUAUAAAAGCUUUAUUAAUAACCAACACUCUUAAUAACGAAAUAUAAGAGAGUAUAACAUCCAACUCGAAAAUAAUACGGAUUGCUUAAAGUUUACUAUGAGAGUGGAAAAAAGAUAACAGUUUUUUUAACAAUGAUUAUUUAUCUAUAUUUACUAAUUUUAAUAAGAAAUUCUUCUCCCAAUCAGCGAACAGAAAUGCAUCAAAUAGUUAGUGGAUUAUUAUCUCCAUCCCAGUACGAUGGAGAAGUUCCUCCUAACAUUGGCAUUAACGAACCUGUUGUCUGUUCAAUAAACUUUCGCAUCAAUUCCUUGUCAGCAUUAAGAGAGGCUGGAAUGGAGUACGAUAUGAAUAUUUAUUUAAGACUCAAAUGGAAUGAUCCAAGAUUAAGAUUUUCUCACUUAAAUAAGACACGGAAGUAUACUCUUUCACAUAAACAGAUCGAAAAAGUAUGGAUCCCUGAUGUAUUCAUAAAGAAUGAGAAAACAGGAAGAACCCACGAUAUCGUUGUUCCUAAUCGACUUUUACAUUUGUAUCCAAAUGGAAAUAUCACUUACAGUCAAAGAUUAAGUUUAACUUUACAUUGUGAAUUACAACUAAAGAAAUUUCCCCUGGACAAUCAAACCUGCCGAGUAGUAAUUGGGAGCUGUAAGAAUUUCUCUUUUUAAUGCUUCUCUUUUGCUAAUUUAUUUUAUUUUAAUUGAAUGUUUAAACAAAGCAAGCAACAAAAUGUUAUAUAUGUUUUAAAGUAGAUUAUAUGCAUUACAUGUAAAUGUUUGUUGUUUAGUAAAGGAAAGAGAAAAAAAUUCAACUAGUACCAUAUAUUAAGAAAGUGAGGAAAGAAUUUCAGCCUAUUUAGUACAGAUGUCACGAACGUUGAGACGAUGACUUGCAAGCAUUUAAAUGGCUAUACGGCAAGUGACCUUUUGUUAAUUUGGGAUUAUAGCAAGUGGCCAACAACGGUUGCAAGAAAUCUUAAAGUGCCAGAAUUUCAAUUAGUGGAUAUUUUAAAUUCCUACUGUUACUCCAAAACAAUGACAGGGAAUUUUUCAUGCUUAAAAGCAGACCUGUUUUUCCAGAGACAUUUUGAAUAUUACUUAAUUAAUGUUUAUGUGCCUUCAUUGUUAAUAGUAAUACUUUCUUGGCUAACAUUUUGGAUAGAAAUUGAAGCUGUAGCGCCUAGAAUAUCGUUAGGCUUAUUAACAGUGUUAACUGUUAGUACCCAAAAUUCCAAUUUUGCUGCCCAAAUGCCUAAAUUAUCUUAUGUCAAAGCUAUUGACAUAUGGAUGGCGGUUUGUCUCUUAAUGGUUGUUGGAGCAUUUCUUGAAUAUCCCCUAGUAAAUCUUUUAGAUAGACGUCAAAGAAACUCUAACCAGUUCUUGAAGGAAAUGUUUUCUAAUGCAAAAGUUAGUCAACUGCUACCAUCAAAAGACAAAAGAAUUAGGAAGAGAAUAGUAAGAGUCAUACCAAAUGAUGAUGAUCACCAAAGAAGUAGACAUCUAGCUCCAUCGAAAAAUAAUAAAGACAAGAAGAGUACAGCAAAAAUUAUUGACAUAUUUUGCAGAGCUUUUUUUCCAGCAUUGUUUGCAUUAUUUAAUAUUGUUUACUGGACGUUUUAUAAUAAGACAUAAUUAUUUACGCAUUCUCUCUCUCUUUCUCUCUCUUAUUUCUUCUUCUAUCCGAACUAUCAUUAUAGAAAAUUUCCGUUGUUUUUCAUGCAUACUCUAUGUAAUGCAAAUUUACUUCUGUCCUUUUUAUUUCUCUCUACGAACAACCUCUUCAUUUAAAAUAAAAUAACUAUUUGUAUAUGGAUAUACAG